AUGGAACAUUUCAACAUCAACACCACAUCGAAUGGAAGUUAUGAUGAAAAUAACAGCUUCACUAAUGAUUACAACUCCUACAACUAUUUUCUAUUCUGCUCUGCUCAUAGCUGCUAUGUUGGCAAAGAGGGAAUCAUGGUAUAUGUUUUUACAUUAGUCAUCAUCUGCAUCAGCCUUCCUCUGACCCUACUGGCCAUCUACUCACUGUCUUCUCUGGUCAGAAAGGAUCACGGUGCUCCAGUCUACGUCAUCAACCUCCUCAUUUCUGAUCUGGUUCAGCUCCUCUGCAUGAUUGGUUGGGUGGCUGACAAAAAUAACUCAGAGAAAAUCCUUUUCUUUUUUCUGUAUCAUUAUGGUCUGUUGUCCAGUGUUGGCUUCAUGGUGUGUAUCUCCCUAGAAAGGUAUCUGGUCAUCGUCUGGCCGCUGUGGUACAGAUUCAGAAGAAACAUCAAGAACUCCGUGGUGGUCUGUGUCCUAGUCUGGAUCCUCCCUCUUGUUUGUAUCAUCCCGUUGCAUUUUUUAGCACCUUUGAAGGUCACAUUCACAAUGUAUGCAGUCCACAUCCUCCUCCCCCUCCCUCUGUUCAUCUUCUUCCUGGGUGGGACUCUUAAAGCCCUGUCUGCAUCCAUCAGUGUCCCCUCUGAUGAAAAACGAAGAAUUGUGGCAGUUCUGGUCGUAGUGCUGCUUAUUUACACACUGCUGUUCCUGCCCACUGUCAUUUGGUUACUGACAGUAGAAAUCAGAAUGAACGUUAGCUUCACCAUUGUGUCUAACAUUCUUCUUGAGCUGAGUCCUCUUGCAGACUUGAUUUUGUACAUUUUCAUGAGGAAGGGAACCACAGACAAGAUUUUGGCCUCACUGUGUUGUUGCAGAAUGCAGCUUCAGGAAUGA